AGUAAACAUAACGAAAAGUAAAUCAGCGCUGGCUAGCUGUUCUUUAAAAUUUCAAGUGACUUAAGCAAACAAAUUGCUUUUUGCUAACGUAUUAUAAUAUCGCUUUUUGUAGGUCAACAAGCGAGAGAGAGUGCUAAAUACCUAUAUACGCGCAAGGACAGAAAAGAGAAAAGUCAAACAUGGAUGGUAUUUUUUUUUCAACAGCUAUAUAUGCAUGUAACUUUAAAGGGCUCAUGCUCAGAAAACUGUGCUUUGGAAGAAACCAUUAAAAAUCAGAGUUAAUAAUCGUGCUGGCGACGAUAUGAGUGUUCCUACGCUACCCAGCGUUGAGGGUUACUUGUUGUUGGAAAAAAUUGGAGCUGGCAGUUUUUCCACAGUUUACAGGGCCUUUAAACGGGAUGACAAGCGAGAUAUUGUGGCGAUCAAGUGCGUUGAUAAAACGGGCCUUUCCAAAUCUACUCAAGAUAAUCUCAUAACAGAAAUUAAUUUACUCAAAAUACUUAAACAUGAUCAUAUCGUGGAAAUGAGAGAUUUCUUUUGGGAUGAAAGGCAUAUUUACAUAGUGAUGGAAUAUUGCAAUGCCGGAGAUCUGUCCAGUUUUAUCAAACAAAAAAGUAAACUAGCCGAAAAUGUUUGUCGCAAGUUCCUACAGCAGCUAUCAUUAGCGCUAAGAUAUCUUCGCAAUCAUAACGUCUGUCACAUGGAUUUAAAGCCACAAAAUCUUUUACUGAUCAAAACAAAGUCCGUAUUCACCCUGAAAAUUGCAGAUUUCGGUCUCGCCCAGUUCCUAAGCUCAGAUGACACAAAGCACUCGAUACGGGGAUCGCCCCUUUACAUGGCGCCAGAGAUUUUGCUGAGGCAUAAAUACGAUGCCAGAGUUGACCUCUGGAGUGUCGGCGUCAUUAUGUACGAAUGCCUUUUUGGAAAAGCGCCGUACUCGAGUAAUACUUUUGCCGAACUCGCAGAAAAAAUUAAAGAUAUGAGGCCGAUUCAGUUACCUAAAGGUAGUCACAUAAGUGAAGAGUGCAAGGAUUUACUCGUGAGGCUACUGAAGCAUGAACCUAACGAGAGGUUGACUUUUGAUGAAUUUUUCGCGCACGAGUUCCUAGACCUCGAACACGCGCCCACCAAGGAGAACUUCGACAAAGCCGUCGAAUUGAUUUACAAAGCUGUCGAGGCAGAUCAAAAAGCUUGCCAUCGUGAUGCCUAUCAUUUGUACUGCGAAUCUCUCCGAUACUUCAUUCCCAUUCUAACGAAUGAGGCUAAUUUAGCAAAAAAGGAGGCUCUAAGGCUAAGGAUCAACGAAUACAUCAAGCGAGCGGAACAACUGAAGGACGCUAGCGUUGCCGUGGACAGGAGAAAAACCACAGGAGACGAGCCAAGUACAACGGAUACCACGGCUAAAGUUGCAUCCCCGCUAGCCUCGUCAACGUGCAAUGGCCCCGAUAAGAACGUAGCAAUUGACUUUCAGGAACUAUGUGUGCUGGGUCGAAGUACAGCAAACAUGCUGCCUGCUCUCGAAAUCGGCGAUGUUGCUGAACAAUAUUUGGUUGAAGGCAAUUACGAAUUAGCCCUCGAGAAGUUUAAAUCAAGCUUAAAGGUUUUAGUGCCUUUGUUGAAAAAAGAACCGCCCGGGCGUAGGAAGGAGCUCCUUUACAAACAGAUAGACAAAUGGAUGAAGGAAGCAGAAAGUACAAAGGCUUUUCUAAUCACUCAAGAUAUGGAGAACACUGCAGAACGUGCCUCUGAAUCUCAAGAACAAUGUUUAAUACAGUAAAAAAAUUCAAGACUUGAUAGAUAUUAAUAUAGAUUUCCAUUUUAAUAAAAUUAAAAUAAGACUAUGCUAAAACUUUUGACGGAAAUUUCAGUUUU